GAAGCAACAAGAAAAUGUGUUUAAAAUAAUUUUGAAGUGAUAAUUUUCAAACCAACAUUUAGUUUAAAUAAAAAAAAAAAAUGGCAACAUAAAUAAUGAAACAACAACAGCAACAAACAAUACCACCGCCAACAACAGCAAUAACAACAACAACAACAACAACGGUAAUAACAAAACCAACCCAACAAAAUUUAAAAAACCUAAGUAGGAAAAAUGUUGUUACUUUUACGGACAAAAAUUAAAAUGAAACUAAUUUGCAAAAAACCAAGUUUAAAAAACGUUUGGGUUUAAACAAAAAUUACAAAAAAUAAAAAAAACGAGCCACACUAAUGGCUUAAACAAGAUAACAACAACAAAUAGAAUAAAUACACAAAUAUACAUAAGAAAAUUACUUUAAAAUUAACACAAACAUACAGAAAAAAAAAACUUAAAGAAACUUAUAUAAAAAAAAAAACGAAAACAAAUUGAAAUUGCAAUAAGAAGGAAGAAAUAACAACAAAACGUUAAGGACUAAAGGCGGCACUCUUCAAAAUUUACAAAACGCAAAAAAAAGCUGUUCAAGUUUUGUAAGAGUAACGCAUAGUUCUUUAAAAACAACAACAACAACAAGAAAUAUAAUUCUUUUUUAUAUACAUACAUACAUAUAAAUAUAUUUCUACGGUGAUAUGACGAUGAUGAUGUUCUGUAGACAAGUGAAAAAUUUGCCUGCAGAUGACCAAAGACAGCCACCACAAAGAAAAGCAACAACUGCCACAGUCUUACAAAUACAAAAAGGUGAUGGAGGUGAAAAAGCCACCAACACUACUACUAACAACAGCAACAACACACAGCCAAUAUCAGCAACAAGAACAACUUUAGCAGUAACAGCAACAGCAGCUAGAUCAUUUAUGCCAAGACGGUCAAGUGAUGAAAAUUCUUUAACUGAAAAAAAUAAUGCUGAAAUAGUUUGGAACAGCAUGACAAAUCAACACAAUUCACAAAACAAUACAUCUAGAAAUAAUGUUAACAUCAACCGAAAUAAUGAUGAUGUUGAUGAUGAAGACAACCAGCAGCAACAACAACAAAAACAUCACGAUCCACAUCGUCAUCAUCAUCAUCAUCUAAGCAAUGAUCAUCAGGUUCAUUGUAAAUUAUUUGUAAAUAGUUUAUCACUGCAUUUAGAUGAGUAUAUCAAGAGAAGAAGAGGGAAACCUUUAGAGUUGCAUAUUCAACCAACAAAACAAAUUUACUUUAAAAGAAAUCAUCAAGAUGAAGUAGAGAAAGAAAACGAAGACUGCAUAGUUUUACAACAACAUUACCACCACCAACAUCAUCAUCAUCAUCAUCAGAAUUGCCAGCAAAAUGAGGCAACAGAAACAAGGUUUCAGAGACGGCCUCUUGCCAACACAACACCAUUAGUGAGAUAUGCGUUGACAGUACUCAUUUGUUUAAUGUUGGUGAUAUCAGCUAAAGCAGCCGCACAACAGCAACAACAGCAACAACAUCAACAGCCGCAACAAAGUAUAACAUUCUCUUCUUCUUCUACCUCAGCACUUUACUCAUUUGUACCCUCAAAUCCUGGUAGACAUGUUUAUACAUCGGCCUUUCCACGUCGUCGUACGGCGGAUGGAACGGGGUUAAUGCAAUCACGAGCUGUUGAUACAAGAGUACAAUUUGAAGUAUUAGAAGGUCAACCUAAGGGCACUGUGGUUGGUUUUAUACCCACUAGACCCGAUUUUACCUACCGUUUUAAUGAACCACCGCGGGAGUUUAAUUUGGAUCCGGUAACUGGGGAAAUCAAAACAAAUAUGGUAUUGGAUCGUGAAGGUAUGCGUGAACGUUACGAUUUGGUAGUCCUCUCCUCACAGCCCACCUAUCCUAUUGAGGUUAGAAUAACUGUUUUAGAUAUUAACGAUAAUGCUCCCGAGUUUCCAGAGCCCAGUAUAGCAGUUAGCUUUUCGGAAAGUGCUGCCAAGGGCACUAGAUGUCUGCUGGAUGCUGCCACCGAUUUAGAUAUAGGCAUUAAUGGCAUAUCCAAUAAUUAUACCAUAGUAGAGGGUAAUGUUGAUAAUAAGUUUCGUUUGGCCGUUACCUCAAAUCCCAGCGGUGAUGUGUCUUAUCUGCAUUUGGAAACUACAGGUGAUUUGGAUCGGGAAACAAGAGCUUUUUAUAGACUUAAUAUAUCAGCCAAAGAUGGUGGUAAUCCUCCCAAAUAUGGUUAUCUACAAGUUAAUGUUUCCAUCAUAGAUGUCAAUGACAAUCCUCCGGUUUUCGAUCAUAGUGACUACACAGUAUCGCUUAAUGAAUCUAUACCACCGGGAAGUUCAGUUUUACAGGUGAUGGCCAGUGACAAGGAUUUGGGUGAUAAUAGUAAAAUUACCUAUUAUUUGGCCGACACCGAAACCCAAUUUACGGUUGAUCCUGAAACUGGUGUGAUUUCAACCACCGAACAUUUAAAUUGUCCCCAACAAAACUGUCCCACUUUCUCUAGGCCUGGUGUAUCCUGUCCGAAAAGUUGUGUUUUUACCGUAUUUGCCAGAGAUCAUGGUUCUCCCCGACAAGAUGGCAGAGCCUAUGUAACCGUUAAUCUAGUGGAUACAAAUGAUCAUGAUCCUGUAAUAAGAUUUCAAUAUUUUCCACCCACCGGCUCUUUUGCUACAGUAGAUGAGAAUGCCAUAAAUGGUAGUGUAGUGGCGGCAGUAUCGGUAGUAGAUAUGGAUGAAGGUUUAAAUGGUGAAACAUCCAUCAAAAUUACCUCAGGCAAUGAGUUGGGACAUUUUCGUUUGGAGAAGACUCCUUCGUUUGAUAUAGUAAGAGUAAAUGGUGUCUUAGAUAGAGAAGAAAUAGGAAAGUACAAUUUGACAGUGGUAGCCACUGAUAAGGGAACUCCUUCUCGUACAGCCACUUCCUAUCUAAUCAUACAUGUCAACGAUGUCAAUGAUCAUGAGCCGGUAUUUGAGAAGUCGGAAUAUUCAGCAGUACUAAGUGAACUAGCUCCGCCUGGUUCCUUUGUAGCCUCCAUUACAGCCACGGAUGAAGAUACUGGUGUUAAUGCUUUAAUAUUUUAUGACUUUGUUUCCGGCAACAACAAUCAAUGGUUUGCCAUCGAUUCCUCGACUGGACUAAUAACAACACAAGCUCCUUUGGAUCGUGAGGUAGAGGGAUCAGUGGAAUUAAGUAUUUCCGCCCGGGAUGGCGGUCCGAAUCCCAAGUGGGCAUACACUCAACUAAAAGUAACCAUAUUGGAUGAGAACGAUGAAGCACCCCAGUUUACCCAAAGUCAAAUCAAUGUCACACUAAGUGAAGCCACACCACCACACACCUUAAUUGCCAUGUUAACAGCCAACGAUCACGAUCAAGGCACAAAUGGUUCAGUGACAUAUUCGCUGGCAAUGGUGAGCGAACGAAAAUAUCCUGAACAAUUUCAGUUGGAUUCUUUAACAGGCCAAUUAACAACAAGAAAGUCACUAGAUCGUGAAUUGCAACAGAAUUAUGAAAUUUUAGUAAUCGCACGUGAUCAAGGUACACCACCAAAAUCUUCAACGGCCACAGUAAAUCUACACAUAGAAGAUGUCAAUGAUAAUGCUCCACAAUUUUAUCCAAAAAAAUAUUUUCAUGCGUUGGCGAUACCUAUGCAGCAGCAUCAAGGCAACAGUAACAAUAACCAUAAUAAUGCUGGAACAACAACAACAGGAGGAGGAGGUGGAACAGGAGACAUUGACAUUAUGUCGCUGCUGCAAAAGCCAUUAUUAAAAGUUUUUGCUACUGAUCGUGAUGAGGGUGAUAAUGCCUUAAUUACUUAUACCUUAAAUACAGGUGGUGAUGGUUUAUUUGUGGUUGAUACUUGGUCAGGUUCGAUCAUGUUAAGCUCUAAGGUUGUGGCAACAGCCACAGCAUCAACAACAGGAACAGAAAUUUUACAACAUUUUACAAAACCUUUAUAUAAACUGCACAUUACAGCCAAAGAUCGUGGUGAAAGACACAGUGAACAAGAUGCUGUUGUUGAGAUAAUGAUGCAACAUAAAAUGGAAUCAUUAGACUUUGACUCCUACUCACAAACCUAUGAGUUUCAGAUCACCGAAGAUCAUGCCAUGGAACAGGCUCAUCUAGGCAGAGAAGUAGGUCAGGUACAAAUAAAACAGCAGCAGCACACCAAUUCAGCCGAUAUGUUGGAGUAUGCAAUCGUUUAUGGUGAUCCUGAAGAGAAUUUUUCGAUUAAUAAGAAAACUGGUGUUAUUAGCACUGCCAAAGCUAUAGAUCGAGAAGUUAGCAAUCAGUAUCAAUUGGAAGUGGUGGCCCGUCGUGGUUUGGCUUAUGGCAAAUGUUUGGUUCAUAUUUCGGUACAAGAUUUAAAUGAUAAUAAGCCUGUAUUUGCCUUGGAACGUGAUGAUGAAGUUUUGUUGCCAGAAAAUUCUGCUGUAGGCCAAGAGGUUUAUAUAGCUAGAGCAAGAGAUCGUGACUCGGGUAAUAAUAGCAGAAUAACUUACACUUUGACCUUUAAUCCGGAUAUGUUAUUUCGUAUCGGAGCUUCAACAGGUGUUAUAUAUUUGCAAAAACCCAUUAAGGCUGAACCCAACUCAAAUAUACAAAUAGAACUAACGGCCACUGAUCAUGGUAAACCUGCCUUGUCCUCCAAACACAUCAUAACAGUGGUGGUAACUGACGUCAAUGAUCAUACACCAGUAUUUGAUUACACUUCAUAUGAAACUUCUUUGCUAGAAUCUACUCCUGUAAAUGAUCGAUUUUUCUCGGUGGCUGCACAUGACAAAGAUUUGGAUUUAAAUGGACGUUUAUCCUAUGAAAUAUUGGAAGGCAAUGUGGCACAAAAAUUUGGCAUAUUUCCAGAUGGCUUCUUAUUUGUAAGAUCCUCUUUGGAUCGUGAAGAACGUGAUUAUUAUGCAUUGACUGUUAAAUGUCACGACCAAGGCGAACCUCAAAGAUCUAGCGAAGUACCAGUUAUUAUACACAUUAUAGAUGAAAACGAUAAUGCCCCACAGUUCACAAAUAGUUCCUUUACAUUUAGUUUGCCAGAAAAUGAACCAGCCGAUGCCUUUGUAGGUAAACUAACAGCUUCAGAUCGUGAUAUAGGACGUAAUGCGGAACUGAUUUAUACUCUAGCAUCACCGGGUAAAGAUUUUAUCAUAGACUCUCGUAAUGGUUUCAUCAAAACUUUACAUCCCUUUGAUCGUGAAGAACUAAUACAAAGAAUGCCAUCGUCUUCAUCUUUGACGGGUUUGGCGGGAGCUCAUAAUUAUAUUUUACUCGAGGCCAUAGUUGCAGAUAAUGGCAAUCCCAGACUUAAAGAUAAAGUCAAGAUUAAAAUUAUAAUUACCGAUGUAAAUGAUAAUGCCCCGGAAUUUGUUAGAGCCCCCUACAAGGUGCAAAUUUCCGAGGGUUCAUUGGUGGGAACACAACUAAUGCGAGUGUAUACAAAUGAUUUGGAUGAGGGACUAAAUGGUGAUGUCUACUAUUCCAUUAUCAAUGGCAAUCAGGAGGGUCGUUUUCAAAUAGACGAUGCCACUGGUCAGCUUUCUUUGUCACGCAAAUUGGAUCGUGAAUAUCAAGCUGAAUAUAAACUGGAGGUAAUGGCUAAAGAUGCAGCCAUAGAAGGACAGCAAUUGAAUUCUACAACUUUUAUAACCAUAGAAGUUUUAGAUGAAAAUGAUAUGGCACCAAAAUUCGUUGAAACUAUAUCAGAAAUUUCCGUUUUAGAAACUACAGCCAUCAGUACAGAACUUAUGCGUUUUAAGGCAGUGGAUUUGGAUUUGGGCAUAAAUUCGCAGAUAUCCUUUACCAUCACAGCCGGGAAUCGUAAAGACACCUUUCAUAUUGAUUCUUAUACGGGCAUUUUAUAUCUGCACAAGUCAUUGGAUUAUGAGGAAACUACAGUUUAUAAUUUGAAUAUAACUGCUUCCGAUGGCGGAUCUCCUAGACUUUCUAGCACUAUAGUAUUUACAGUGCAUGUAAAGGAUGAAAAUGAUAAUCCGCCUACUUUUCCUAAUACAGCGAUUGUACGACAAAUUAAAGAAGGCAUUGAUCUUAAAACACCUAUAGUAACAGUGACCGCUGAGGAUCCUGAUUCUGGCCUGAAUGGCAAAGUUACUUACAGUAUAGUUAAACAAGAACCUGAAUUGGCUGGAGGUAGACAUUUUGGCAUUAAUACACAAACUGGUGUAAUACAUACGCUCAGAGAAAUUGAUCGUGAAACUAUAGACACCUUCCGUUUGACUGUGGUGGCUACAGAUCAGGCCAAGAAACCGGAAAUGCAGCUAUCAGCUGAAAAACUGGUCACCGUUAUAGUCGAAGAUAUCAAUGAUAAUGCUCCUGUAUUUAUAUCCAUGAAUGCGGCCAUUUUACCAUCGAAAAAUCUACAAAUGUAUUCACAAAAUCGUGAUGGAGCACUUAUUAUGUACGUGCAUGCCACUGAUGCUGAUUCUUCCAGUAAUGGUAUUGUCACCUAUGAAUUGGUAUCCGGUAAUAUGGAUCUCUUUAAACUACAACGUAAUACAGGAGCUAUUACCCUACGCAAGCCUAUUAACCGUCCCGAGGUGCGUUAUCAACUUUCGCUUAAAGCCACCGAUGAGGCAGUACAAAGUGAACGUAAAAGUUCUGAUGCCUAUAUCACUAUUAUCGCUACAAGUGCUGCGGGUGUGCCGGGUCCCGUUUUCGAUCAACGUGAACAAAGCGGUUCGGUAUAUGAAAAUGAACCUAUUGGCACUAGUAUCUUAACCGUUAGUGCUAGACUAAAUACCGCCGAAAUUGAAUAUUAUGUUACGAAUGUGACGGCGGUCGGUAGUGCGGGUUCGUCGUCAGUGUCGUCGGGAAAGUAUACAAAUGUUGAACGUUUAUUUGAUAUCGACACUAAAUUGGGUAUUCUGUCGACGGCCAAAGAACUGGAUCGUGAAGCUGGUGCAGAUACAUAUGAGAUUGAAGUUUAUGCUAUAGCACUGGGAGGUAGUCCAAGAACAACUAGUACUAAGCUUAAAGUUAUGAUAUUGGAUAAAAAUGAUAGUCCUCCUGUUUUUCGGGAUUUACCUUUGUCGUUUAAUGUGAGUGAGGACUUAACAGCUGGUCAUCUAAUUGCUACCAUACGUGCCUCAGAUCCAGAUACUUUGGGCUCUUUGACAUUCUCUCUUGUCAACGGUGAUGAUAGUAAAUUUUUUCUGGAGCGUGAUACUGGUAAACUGCGUUUAAAGGAAGCUUUGGAUCGUGAGAUUAAAGAAAAUUAUCAGUUGAAAGUUCGUGUCAGUGAUGGUGUGCAACAUACAGAGACUAUUGUUGAAAUAACGGUGACCGACACCAAUGACAAUCCACCACAAUUUGAUGUGCCCGUUUAUUCAUUUGAUAUACCCGAAAACGCCCCACGUGGCUAUCAAGUGGGCAUCAUUGCAGCGACAGAUCCAGACUUGGGCAAUAAUGCUGUGGUAACAUAUACCGUAAUCUCUGAUUGGGCCAAUGAUGUAUUCAGUUUAAAUCCUCAAACAGGCGUUUUGACAUUGACAGCCCGUUUGGAUUAUGAAGAGAUACAACAUUAUAUUUUGGUAGUACAAGCCCAAGAUAAUGGCCAACCUAGUCUUUCCACCACCUUGACGGUUUAUUGUAAUGUUUUGGAUUUAAAUGAUAAUCCACCAGUUUUUGAUCCUAUAAGUUAUUCAAUGGAGAUUUAUGAGAAUGUUUCAAUUGGAACACCUGUUGUGACGGUGAUGGCCACAGAUAUUGAUUCAGGUGAUAACGGUCGUAUUGAGUAUACGAUUACAUCGGGUGAUGAUAAUAAUGAUUUUGAAAUAUUUUCAAACGGUACCAUACGUACGCAACGUACAUUGGAUCGUGAAACAAAAAGUUCAUAUAAUUUAAUUGUAACCGCAAGAGAUUGUGCCAAAGAAUUCCCCAUGAUGUAUGACGAUCAUAAUGAUCAUGACGGUGAUGAUGAUGAUGAUGAUGACGAAAAUAAUAAUGAAGUACGAGUAAAUCAAUAUCCAUCAAUGCCAUACAAUUUACAACGUCAGCGUCGUCAAUAUUUACAGUAUCAACAGCAGCUACAGUUGCAACAAUUGCAACAGCAGCAACAACAGCAAUAUGGUGGUGUAGUUCAGGAGCCACAACAACGUUUAUCUUCAACAGUACAGGUCACCAUUAUUCUCAAAGAUGUCAACGAUGAAGCUCCCAUCUUUCUUAGUUCGAAUGUAACAGAAGUUCUAGAGAACAUACCCCUCAACACAGUGGUAAUGGUGGUUAAGGCUGUCGAUAGAGAUGAAGGUAAAAAUGGUUACAUCGAAUAUAUACUUAAAGGAGAAAAUUCUUUACCCUUUACACUGGGACCAGUAGAUGGUUUACUACGUGUAUCCGGUAAAUUAGAUAGAGAAAUGAAAAACUCCUAUAUGUUAAAUAUAACAGCCAAAGAUAGAGGAGAACCCGAGAAAUCAACACAAAGUCAAAUUCAUGUUAAAAUACUCGAUGAAAAUGAUAAUGCACCGAUAUUUGAUCCGAAACAAUACACAGCUUCAGUAGCUGAAAAUGCUAGUAUUGGUGCCAUGGUCUUGCAAGUAUCCGCCACCGAUGUCGAUGAGGGAGCCAAUGGUCGUGUGCGUUUUGCCAUCGUAGGCGGAGAUGAUAAUCGUGAUUUUAUGAUAAGCGAAGACUCUGGUAUUGUAAGAGUUAGUAAAAAUCUUAACUAUGAACGCAAAUCACGUUAUGUGUUGACAGUGAAGGCAGAAGAUUCAGCUGCUGAUUUGGGUUUGGCAUAUGACAAUGAAAAGGGCCGCAACAAGUUAUCGCACUUGUUUGAGAAUCGUUAUGAUUUAGCUGAAAUAACAAUUGUCAUUACGGACAUUAAUGAUAAUCCACCUACAUUUUUGGAUUCUCCCUAUUUGGCGUAUGUUAUGGAAAAUGUUAUACCACCAAAUGGUGGUUAUGUCUUAACUGUACAGGCAUAUGAUGCUGAUACACCACCAUUUAAUUCGCUAGUACGUUAUUUUCUAAAAGAAGGUGAUACCGAUCUAUUUCGUAUAAAUGCAUCGACUGGUGAAAUAUCACUAUUACGCUCUUUGGAUCGUGAAGCAAAAGCUGAAUAUACAUUAACAUUGGUAGCCAUGGAUACGGGAUCUCCUCCCUUAACCGGUACUGGCAUUGUUAAAGUCAUAGUUCAAGAUAUGAACGAUCACAGUCCAGAGUUUGAGCGUCAAUCCUAUCAUGCAACUGUACAGGAAAAUCAAGCCAUAGGUACCAAAGUCAUACAACCCAUAGCCAUUGACAAAGAUGCUGGACUUAAUGCUAAAAUACGUUUUACACUGCUGGGAGAAAAACUGGAAAGAUUUCAUUGUAAUGCCGAAACUGGUGAAAUAACUACGGCUGCUAUAUUGGAUAGAGAAGAAACAGCUGUAUAUUUUCUUACUCUAAUGGCUCAAGAUAGUUCUGCUACAGAACCACGUGCUACCGCCGUUAACUUGACUAUAAGUGUGCGAGAUGUCAACGAUAAUAUGCCACGAUUUGAGGCCAAUCAAUAUCAUGUUAAUAUACCCGAUAAGACCGGUCAAAAUGAGUUUGUGUUUGGAGCUUGGGCUCGAGAUAAUGACGAGGGUCUUAAUGCUUUAGUUAUGUAUAAUAUCAGUGGUAAAGAUGUGGAGUAUUUUACGAUUAAUGCCAAAACUGGUGUUAUUAAAACUAAACAAAAUUUGGGUUCAGAUUUGAAUAGACAAUAUUCUUUAGUGAUUCAUGCUUACGAUCAAGGCAUUCCCUCAAAAUCCUCUCAAUCAGAUCUAAUGAUAUCGAUGAAACCUUCUUCCUCUUUUCCGUCCUUCAACUACAUGGCAAAUACCCAAUUUAUGUUGUCGGAAGAUGUGGCGCCGGGAAAAAAGAUAACCACCAUUACAGCAUCAUCACCCAAAAAAGGUUCGGCUGGUAAUAUUAGAUAUUCCAUUGCUGGUGGUAAUUUGGGAGAAGCGGUAAGAAUUGAUUCAACUACAGGAGUGGUUACUAUAGGAAAAGAUGGUUUGGACUAUGAGCUGGCUUCUCAAUAUGAAAUUUGGUUAGAAGCUUUAGACUCGGAUCGUUUGCCUUUAAGAAGUGUUAUGCUUUUAACUAUUAAUGUUACCGAUGCCAAUGACAAUGCUCCCGUCAUGGAAAAGCUCAUUUAUAAUGCUGAAGUUAUGGAAGAAGAAUCGCCUCCACAAACGAUUGUUAAAGUUAAGGCAAAUGAUCGUGAUUCUGGGGAUAAUGGUGAGGUAACUUAUCGCUUGUUAGAUGAUUUUGAGGGUACAUUUGAAAUUGAUGCCGACUCCGGUGAGAUUUACACCACCAUGCGCUUGGAUCGUGAAGAAAUAAGUCAUUAUGAACUAACCGUGGAAGCUGUUGAUCAGGGUAUGCCGCAGUUAACUGGUUCGGCUACUGUUCUCCUUAAUCUACUCGAUAAAAAUGACAACCCUCCCAAAUUUACCCGACUAUUUUCGGUUAAUGUCACUGAAAAUGCCGAAAUUGGCAGUUUUGUUAUACAAGUAACCUCCAUGGAUCUGGAUGAAGGCGUUAAUGCUAAUGCCAUUUAUACUUUAACAGAAAAUCCUGGUGAAAAAUUCAAAUUAGAUUCUGUAAGUGGUAAUAUUACCGUUAACGGUCAUAUUGAUCGUGAAGAACAAGAUGAAUAUAUUUUGAAGAUAACUGCCUCAGAUGGUGCCUGGAGAUCGGAUACUCCCAUUACCAUAACAAUACAAGAUCAAAAUGAUAAUGCACCAGAAUUUGAGCGUGGCUUUUAUAGUUUCAACUUCCCAGAAUUACAGAGAGCAGUGGCAUUUGUUGGACAGGUGGUGGCCAAUGAUAGAGACAAACAUGGUCCUAAUUCGGUUAUAUCAUUUUCUCUGCAACAUCCUUCUGAUAUUUUCACUAUAGAUCCUGCCACGGGAGAAAUAUUUAGCAAGAAAUCCAUUAAAUAUAAACACUCACAAUAUGAAGCCUCACCGGAAAAUGUUUAUACCUUAACAGUUGUAGCUACAGACAAUGGAAAACCACCUUUAUAUUCAGAAUGUAUGAUUAACAUAAACAUAGUCGAUGCUAAUAAUCAUGCUCCUAAAUUUGAAAAAUCAUUGUAUUUAUCUCCGGUGCCUGAACAUGCCCGUGUUGGCCAAAGGGUGGUAAGAGUACAGGCUCACGAUUCUCUAGAUACGGGAGUGAAUGCAGAAAUAGAAUAUUCGUUUAAGCAAGGUAACGGUACCGACUUCUUUAGCAUCAGUCAUCAAGAUGGUUGGAUUUCGCUAUCCAAAGCCUUAGAAGUGACACCCAAUACAUUGUUCUAUCUAAUUGUAAAGGCAUCUGAUCAUGGUGUACCCUCGAAAAGUGAUGAAACUCGUGUUCAUAUUAUUGUUACUGGUGAAAAUCGCUAUUUACCAGAAUUCACCGCUUUAAGUUAUCAGGUAAUAGUGCCAGAAAAUGAACCUAUAGGUUCAACAAUAUUAACAGUAUCUGCGACGGAUAGAGAUGAAGGACCGAAUGGCAUGUUACGCUACGCCAUAGCAGGCGGUAAUGAAAGAUCUGAAUUCAAAGUGGAUGCUGAAACUGGAGCUGUUAUAAUAUUACAACCUUUGGAUUAUGAUUCCAUACAAGAAUAUCACUUAAACAUUUCAGUACAAGAUCUAGGUUUUAAACCCAAAACAGCAGUGGCCCAGCUCACCGUAAUACUCACUGAUAUCAAUGACAAUCCUCCUCUGUUCAAUCAAUCUGAAUAUCAUGCUUUUAUAUCCGAAAACAAACCCGCUCAUAGUUAUGUUUUCAAAGCUCGAGCUAAAGAUAAGGACUCUCCCAAAAAUGCCAUUAUAAGAUACUCCAUAACAUCGGGUUCGGGUAAGAAUUUCUUUGCCAUCAAUCCAAACACCGGAGUAAUAACAUCUUCGGUUAGUUUUGAUUAUGAAGAAAGAAACGAAUAUACUUUACAAGUAAUGGCCGCCAAUCCAGAUUCACAAAUGCAUAGUAUGUGCAAAAUUAUUGUACACAUUAGAGGUGUCAAUGAAUUUUAUCCACAAUUUGUGCAACCAGUUUUUCAUUUUGAUGUUUCGGAGUCUGCAGAAGUUGGAACUCCCGUGGGUUCGAUACAAGCUACUGACAAAGAUGCAGGAGAAGAUGGUAAUGUUUACUAUUUAUUGGUGGGUUCCAGUAAUGAUAAAGGGUUUUCUAUCAAUCCCUCAACUGGCUUUAUAUACGUUUCUCGUCACUUGGAUCGUGAAACUCAAAGUCGUGCUGUUUUAACGGUGAUGGCUAAAAACUAUGGCAGCAUACGUGGCAAUGAUACCGAUGAAGCUCAAGUUAUUAUAUCCAUACAGGACGGCAAUGAUCCUCCAGAAUUCCUUAAGUCUUUGUAUAUGGCCAAAAUUUCUGAAGCUGCUGCAGUGGGUAGUAAAGUGGUAAAUGUUAAGGCUGUUGACAAGGAUGUUAGACCACAAAAUAAUCAAUUCAGCUAUUCCAUUAUUAAUGGCAACAUCAAUCAAACCUUUAAAGUAGAUCCACAAACUGGAGAAAUUGCUACUUCCAAGAAACUGGAUCGGGAACAAGUACCAGAAUAUAAUUUGGUAGUGGGCGCAAUAGAUACUGGUUUACCUCCUCAAACUGGUACCACUAUGGUUAGAAUUGAGCUACUGGAUGUUAACGACAAUGGUCCUACAUUCCCCAAUGAUGGUUUAAUUGGUUAUAUUUCUGAAAAUGAACCAGCUGGCACCUCAAUAAUGACACUCUCAGCCACGGAUCCCGACUUACCACCAAACGGUGGUCCUUUUAUGUACUAUUUAAUAGGAGGUAAACAUAAGGCAUUCAUAACCAUAGACAAACAUUCAGGUUUAGUGAAAUCAACACGAAGUUUUGAUCGCGAACAAACACCGGAAUUAGAAGCCAUCAUAGAAGUGGAAGAUAAUGGUCAACCCAAACAAAAGGCCCAACACAAAUUGAUUAUAAAAGUAUUGGAUCAAAAUGAUAGUCCUUCAUCCUCACGCACAGUACAUGUACUACUAAAUGUCUUUAAUGACAAUAUGCCCAUUGGAAAGAUAGCAGAUGUACAUCCGAAUGAUGCUGAUGUAACUGGCAACUAUAGAUGUCGUAUAAUACCUAGUUCGCAGUCUAGUCACAUGGGGUUGUUGAUCAUACCGAAUGCCUGCGAUUUACAUACUACUUACCAAACUUCAGUGAACAAUGGUUACUCCUAUUCCAUAUCGGGUAAUGAUGGUAAACAUGGUGAUGUGGUUUCCACAGUAACCGUUGGUUUCCAAAAUUUCGACAACAGUACUAUAGCCAAUUCCAUUACGGUACUUAUACGCAACAUGACGGCCGAAAACUUUUUGGCUUCUUACUACCGUAACUUUGUAGAUCUUAUGAAAUCAGCUGUAGAUUCUUCAGAAAACUUAUUGGUUUAUAGUGUGCGUAAUACUACUUAUAAUUCUACCGAUUUAGAGGUUAUGAUUGCUUUAAAAAUGGCUAAUCAAGGUUAUCGCUUGCCACACUACUUAGUGGAUCGCCUGAGCAAGAAACGUGAAGCUGUUACCAGACUGCUAAAGACGGCCACCAAUGUGGUUAUCGGUUAUGAUCCCUGUUCAUUUGCUCAGGCCUGUGAUAAUGGUGGUUUAUGCACCUCUGAGAGAAGAUUACAUGAUUCAGAAACAUUGAAUAUUGUCGACAGUGAAUCUUUAAUCUUUAGUGGACCUUUGGUAACACAUGAUUUCGUCUGUAAAUGUCCAGAUGGUUUUAUGGGUCAACAAUGUGAUAAAAGACAAGAUCCUUGUGCUCCAAAUCCAUGUCAUGGUAAUGCUCAAUGCCGUCGUUUGGGUUACGAUUUCCAAUGUAAUUGCCCGGCCAAUCGUGAAGGAAAGUACUGCCAGCAGGAAAGAGGUGAUGUCUGCUCCGGUAACCCUUGCAGUAAUGGUGGUUCAUGCCGUUCUAGUCCCGAUGGCUCUUCAUUCUUCUGCCUCUGUCGUCCAGGUUACCGUGGUAAUCAAUGUGAGCAUGUAGCUGAUUCCUGUCGACCAAAUCCUUGUCUACAUGGUGGCGUUUGUGUGGCCCUAAAGCCUGGUUAUAAAUGUACCUGUUCGGAGGGUCGCUAUGGUAGACAUUGUGAGAAGACUACAUUUGGUUUUGGUGAUUUGUCGUUCAUGACUUUCCCACCUUUGGAUGCAGCAACCAAUGACAUUUCAAUAGUAUUUGCUACAACAAAACCGGAUGCUUUACUAAUGUAUAACUAUGGUAUACAAUCUGGAGGAAGAUCUGAUUUCGUAGCAAUUGAGGUGGUAAGAGGAAAAGCAUUCUUCUCAUUUGGCGGUGCUCGUACUGCCAUAACAACUGUGGUGGUGGGUGGUAGCAGUCAGUUGAAUUUGGCUGAUGGUAAUUGGCAUAAAGUUACGGCUACACGCAAUGGUCGUGUGAUGUCUCUAAGUGUGGCCAAUUGUGUAGAAAAUGGCGAUGUAUGUGAAGAAUGUCGUCCUGGAGAUACUACAUGCUAUGCUGACGAUGUGGGUCCUAUAGGAACACUUAAUUUCAACAAGCAGCCAUUACUGUUGGGAGGUCUUAUAUCUGCAGAUCCUGUUUUAGAGCGCCCUGGCCAAUUGCACACCGACGAUUUGGUUGGUUGUGUUCAUAGUGUUUCUGUUAACGGUCGCGCUCUUAAUCUUAGUCAACCUCUUAAGCAGAGAUCUAUAUCAAUAACCUGUAACCGCAAUCUGAAUGGUGGCCCUUGUAUACAAUCGACCAAUACAGAUCUAACUGCAAAUCUUUGUGGUCCUUUCGGUAGUUGCAUGGAUCGCUGGGAUACGGCUAUGUGUCAAUGUGGUGGUAGUCUACUUUCGCCUGAUUGCCAGAAUUCUUUGGAACCCAUUAGUAUAACUGAUGGCGCCUUUAUAGAAUUCAAAAUCACCGAAAAGCAUAGACGCAUGCAGUUGUUGGACAAUCUAUAUGCGGGUAAUAGCAUUUGGUCGUAUGACAUCUCAAGACAACGCAGAUUUACCAUUGAUCAUGACAAUUUAACCGCCUUGGCUCAAACCAAUGAACUUCCUAAGACCCUAAGUUUAAUGUUCCGCACUUACAAGGAUAAUGGUCUGCUACUUUUUGCGGCUAGUAAUAAUCAUUAUACUUCCUUGGAACUACAAAAUGGUAAAAUGGUGUAUUACUCCAAUCAAGAUAGUAUAGUCAAUAUGACCAUUAGUAAUCCAGCCAAACUAAACGAUGGCAAAUGGCAUAAUAUAACUCUACACUCGGUAAAUCGCAUUUUACGCAUUAUAAUCGAUGAUGCUCGUGCCGGAGAGGAAUUAGAUUUUGCCGGCGUUCAUGAUUAUUUGGAUCCAUAUUUAACGGUUUUGUCUGUCGGUGGUGUUCGAAGGGAAUAUCUACUACAAGAACACAUGCCCACGAACUAUGAAGGUUGUUUUGCGAACUUCACUAUCAAUAACGAAAUACAACCCUUCAACGGUUCCGGCAGUGUAUUCAGUGAAGUAUUGUCACGUGGAAAAAUUACUCAUGGUUGUGCUGGUGUCAUGGGUAUUGGUGCCGCCCAAGUUGCUGAUCCUAUUAGCAUAGGUGUUACUCUUGUAAUAGUAUUCUUUGUUAUAUUGGUUGUUGCAAUUUUGGGCUCCUACGUCAUCUAUCGUUUCCGUGGUAAGCAAGAAAAAAUUGGCAGUUUAAGUUGUGGUGUUCCUGGAUUUAAAAUCAAACAUAAUCCUCCUUCUACCAUGUUAGGUGGUGCUGGAGUUUCACAAAAUCCUGCCGAUCAUGUUUUGUCCAGAGGUAUGCAUGGCAAUGAAGCUCAAGUGGGUUAUCACAAUGAUAACGGUGAUUUGAUCAGAAGUGUUCCGGGUCAUCAUAUGGUAGGUCCCGAAUUGAUUUCGAAAAAGUUCAAAGAACGAGAAAUUAAUCCCGGAGAACAUCAGCAGCAAAGACCUCAAAGACCAGACAUAAUUGAAAGGGAGGUGGUAAGUAAAAGUCCCCCUCUACGUGAUGAACAUCACCCACCCAUACCACCACCUAGUCAAUCACAUCAUCCCCAUGAUCAUGCCAGUUCUGUAGAUAUGGGCUCUGAGUAUCCAGAGCAUUACGAUUUAGAAAAUGCCAGUUCUAUAGCUCCUUCCGAUAUAGAUAUUGUGUAUCACUACAAAGGUUAUCGGGAGGCUGGAGGAGUUCGUAAAUAUAAAGCUACUCCAGCUCCUGUAGCCUCUUAUACCCAUCAUAAACACCAGUCAGCAGCAGCACAACAGCAACAUCGACAUUCUCCCAGACAUGGUGUUGGAGGACCAUUUGUGCCACGCGGAGUUCCCCCACAAGCUAAUCAACCGCCACCACCUUCUAGUACUCCUAGACAGCACCAAAGUACACCAUUAGCGAGACUAUCACCCAGUUCUGAAUUGAGUUCUCAACAGCCGAGAAUAUUAACAUUGCAUGAUAUUUCCGGUAAACCUCUACAAAGUGCCCUUUUGGCUACUACUUCCAGUUCGGGAGGCGUUGGAAAAGAUGCUUUGCACAGCAAUAGUGAGAGAAGUCUAAAUAGUCCAGUAAUGUCACAACUCUCGGGCCAAAGUUCGAGUGCAAGUCGACAAAAACCAGUAGUAUCGGCUCAAACUGCCUCACAAGCCCCCAUGGGUUUGACAGCCGAAGAAAUUGAACGUUUAAAUGCCAGACCUAGAACAUCAAGUUUAGUCUCUACACUCGAUGCGGUAUCAUCAAGCAGUGAAGCACCCAGAGGACCUGUGGGAGCACACCAUUUAUCAUUGGGUGGUGGUUUACAUAGUACAGAUGUCGAUGCGCACAGUUCCACAUCCACCGAUGAAAGCGGUAAUGACAGUUUUACUUGUUCAGAAAUCGAAUAUGACAACAACAGCAUUAAUGGAGAUGCCAAAUUUUCCACCAGCAAAAGUAUACCCGAUGAACGUAAUCCCGUAGGCCGAGCCAUGAGUGGUGAUGGUAGCAGAGGUUCAGCGGUAGCUAAGGCUCCUCCCAUGCCUCCGCAUUCAUUUGAUGGUUUCGAUUCCUCUUUCCGGGGAUCACUUAGUACUUUGGUAGCCAGCGAUGAUGAUGUAUCAACACAUAUGGGUGCUUUAUAUAGACAAGUCAACAGUGCAGCUUCACCCACAGCCCCGCCACCCAUGGGUUGGGAAUAUUUACUAAAUUGGGGUCCGAAUUUUGAAAGUUUAGUAGGAGUAUUUAAAGAUAUAGCCGAAUUGCCAGAUAAUGUAGGAUCUGAUCAAAGAGCCACAGGAUCAUUGAGAAUGAAUCAGGGUCAAAAUAAACAAUCAGAGGAAUAUGUUUAAGGGAGAUAAAAAGUUUGGCAGAGAUUAAUAUUUAUAGAAAUAGUCAAGGUAUUUUGGAGAGUAAAGCUUUAAAGAGAAUUUAAAAUUGAAAUUGCUAAACAGAAAGAGAAAUAGUUAAAGAGAAAGAAAAAUUUAAAAUAAGAUAUACAUAGAAUAGCAACAAAAUGCUGUGUUAACUGUUUUUUGCACUUAGUAAUAGUAUUAGUUUAGGUUUUAUUAGAUUUUAUAAAAUUUUGUUUAAGCUUUUGUAAAUGCGUUUUUAUUUAUUUUUUCCAAUUUUUCUUCUGCCAUGUAUUUCAAAGAAAUCAAAAGUCUUUAUAAUUCUAAAUUAGAUCUAAAUUUCUUAAAGCCAUUUCAUUUUAAAAUGAUCUAAACUAAAUUAUUUAAAAAAAGUCUUCCAUAUAAACUAACAGUGCCUUUUAAAAGUAAACGAACAAUUUUUUUUUUAACUCAACUUCUUAAACAAAAAGAACUGAUCACUAAGAUAUUAUAGAUUUAUAAUUACGAAUAAAUGUUAAAACUUAACUAAGAUUAAAUAAAAUUAAGUCAUUUAGCUGUAAUUAAAGAACGUAAAGAUUUAAAACAAAACAAGCAACAAAUAAUGUGUAUAUGAAUCACCUUGUAUCAAGGUUUGUGUCCUAAAUUAUAUAGCAAUAUUCACACAUAGCAACAAGCCAAACAAAACAAAUAAUAUUUUCCGAAAAGCAGACAACAAAAUAAAAGUUAUAGGUUUGUGCAUAAGUUUUAGUUUAAAACAAUUUCAAAUAAUAAAUCAAAACUAUAUAAGUUAUAAACAACAAUUAACUAUAGACAUUAUUAACAUUAAGUUAGAAUUUAUUAAUUAAAUAUAGGAAACUGUAAAAAAUCUUUUUAAUACUUCACUUUAAGUUUAUUUAAACGAAUACGAACUUAUAAAUUCUUAAAAAAAU